CUAAACUUCAUCAAUAGCUUGUUUGCUUUGCUUGAAAUCCGUGUCCGUCCUCCACGUGCGCAGCGGAGUGCGAGAGUCACACACCGACGGCUCGCUCAGACCCGAGUCCACUACAGGCACAAUGACAGGGAAUCAAUGGGGAUAUGGAAAAGAUGACGGACCUUCUGCAUGGAACAAAAACUACCCCGUUGCUGAUGGGGACCGGCAGUCUCCCAUAGACAUCCUCCCUCAUCAAGCUCGACAUGACCCCAACCUGAGUCCCAUUGUCCUGAACUACGAUCGUUGCACCUCCAUUAAUAUUGCCAACAACGGAAACUCUGUUGUGGUAGAGUUUGAGGACUCGGAUGACCGUUCAGUCAUCCAGGGAGGCCCUCUUGACAACCCCUACAGGCUGAAACAGUUUCACUUCCACUGGGGUGGAAAGGGCUGCCAUGGCUCUGAGCACACUGUUGAAGGAAACAGUUAUGCUUCUGAGCUUCAUUUAGUGCACUGGAAUGCAGUCAAGUUCAAGACGUUUGGCGAGGCAGCAUCAGCUCCUGACGGCCUCGCUGUGCUGGGCAUCUUUUUAGAAACAGGUGACGAACACAGAUGGCUUCACAUGAUAACAGACGCUCUGUACACGGUGAAGUUUAAGGGCAGUGUUACAGAUUUCAAAGGUUUCAACCCCAAGUGCCUCCUGCCCAGCAGCCUCCACUACUGGACCUACCUGGGAUCCCUGACCACACCCCCUCUGCACGAGAGCGUCAUCUGGAUUGUGGUCAAAGAGCCCAUGAUAGUGUCUGAAAAGCAGCUGGGCAAGUUUCGAACGCUUGUGUUCACUGGAGAGGAAGAGGAUGAGAGGACACGCAUGGAAAACAACUUCAGGCCUCCCCAGCUUCUCAAAGGCAGGACUGUGCGUUCCUCCAAUUAACCCGUCCAAAGUGGUAGACAACAAAGGCUGUUUUAGACAACAAUGAAUGCAUUAAUGUGAUUGUACUUUUUUACCUCAUGGUAGCUUGACCUGAAGAUUUCUGCAUUACUUUGUACAGAAAAGUAAUUCUGAUCACUGCCAGCACAUUGAGAUGCAGACUCUUCAAUGGCAGAGGGAGGAAUCCGUUUUUGAAUGAUGUAAGGAAAAUUAAAGGGAUGUUAAGUAGAAAUCAAAUAAUAUAUUAACUUUUCUAAAACUCUGCAAGUUUGUUAUUGACAAAGAUGAAAUCACUAUAAGCUGUAUGUUAAUGAAGAUUCAAAGGUUGGAUAUGCACUACCUCCACAGCAAGAUGAGCUUUGUUGGGUGCUAUUAUGUAACUAGUUAGUCUGUAUACCCGUGCCGUGUGUUUCUGUUCGCAGACUGCUAUUGCACCUCUCUGCUACCUGCAGAUUCACAGCCCUGGCCUCUUAACUGAUCCCUGCGUUGAUCCAGCCUACUGCUGAUGGAUUCCCCGUCCUUGUGGACGUACAUCCCUCAGUCCAACAAUCUUAACUGGAGGUGGGAUUGGAUUAACGCAGCAUUUGCUCUGUUGACCAUGACAUCGAGCAUGAAAGUCUCAGGUCCUUUUUAAAGCUUAUCAGACUGGGUUACACCCCCCAGCAGGAGGAUUUAUUAUUUUUAGCGGGCUCUUCAGAUUUGACAAAAAGCAGUGUUCACUCUUGUUUCCCAUUCACGCAGCUCUAAACAGGAAGCCAAUGAAUUCAAUAUUUCAAUCAAACUCUGAGAUGUUACACUGUAUUGAACCACUUGAUGUGUUGCAUUGUCUGGUCUGACGUUUCUUCUAUGCAGGAGGUGAUGCACACUGUCAGCAGUUCAUCUCUGAAGCUGCCCUUUUUUCAGAGAAACGCAUGUAGAGUCUAGUAUGAACUGUAAAUGUGUGACAGAAGCCCUGGUGUCUCACUGAGGAGAGUUAUGGCAGCUUUGUGUAAUGCUGUUCCUUAUUUAGAUGGGCUUGGAUUACACUAAUGCAGAGGUAUGGCAGGGAUAAACCUACAACAAAACGCACAUAUGGGGAAUGACACCUCAGUUAUGAUUGUUAUGUGUUUGUGUGAAAGACCAUUCAUUUAUGGGUGGUUUGAAUAUUUUUGUAAUGCAUUCAUUUGUGAUGUUUGCUGAAUUAAAUAAUAACAUUUCAAAGUGA